AAGCUUCGCCUCCUAUUCUCCAACCCAAUUGACAUCACAAUCCUCUGAUUCCCCUCCAAUUGCAUCGAAAACUGUCCAUAGCCCGCUGGAUUGUCGGUCGGAGCGCAACCAGUGUGUCUUGUUUUCUGGGUCAGGCUGCCAGCGGAUUGGACAGCCCAAGGCCCGCAACGAAAUCGACAGUGGACCUCGGAGAUUCGGCAUCACAAUGCCCCGUGGCAAGAAGGCGGCGGCGGCUGCGGCAACGCCCGCCCUGGAAGGGUGCAAGCUCGCCCUCAGUGGGACAUUUCCCGGCGCGACACAUGCCUCGAUCAAGACACGGGCCGAAGCCCUGGGAGCGACCGUGGCCAGCUCCGUGACGGACGACGUCACACACCUCGUCGCGACCGAGGCCGAUCUCAAGAAGCCAUCGCCCAAGGUUGUGAAAGCCCAAUCCCUCGGCAUUCACAUCGUCAGCCUGGAUUGGCUCUCGAACUGCGAGAAGAACUGCGCCAAGGAGGACGAACAAGAUUACAUUCUUGGGGGUCCUGCGAAGGACACCGCUGCUCAGGCCGAUGCAUCUAAGUCAUCCCAGGCCAAUGGCACCAGCAGAACGCGGAAGCGCGCCGCUCCUCUCGCGGAUGAUGUCUCUGACAACGAGGUUGCGCCAAAGGCCAAGAGGACGAGGGGCGGCAAGGCAGCUGCCGUUAAGACAGAGGAUGACAUUGGUGAUGCAAACGUGCAGGACGCCGACCGGGCGGCAGACUUGGCCGACGUCAAGCUCGAGGAGGGAAACAAGGGCAAGGCAAAGGCGGAGCGGGCCAUGGGCGAGGGUCAGGUCGCAAAAAGCAGUGACCUGGCUAUUCCGCUUGACGAGGGCUGCCCCUUUGUGACGUCCAAGGUCUACAUCGACGACUCCGGCAUCAUCUACGAUGCUUCGCUGAAUCAAACCAAUGCCGGGAAGAACAACAACAAAUUCUACCGCAUCCAGUUGUUGGUCGAUCCAACUGGCACGUACCGAACGUGGACGCGAUGGGGCCGUGUCGGGGAGCGCGGCCAAACAGCAGUCCCGGCAACUGGCUCACUCAACGAGGCCAUGCGGCAGUUCGAGAAAAAGUUCAAGGACAAGUCGGGUCUGCCCUGGAGCGAUCGUGGCAGUAACCCGAAGCCGGGAAAGUACGCCUUUGUGGAGAGGAGCUAUGAGGAGGAUUCGGAUGAGGAAGACGAGGCGGAAUCGGCUAAAGAGGCAUCGGACCGGAAGGAACUCAAGUCGACGCUCGACCCGGCUGUCCAAGAGCUGAUGCGGCUCAUUUUCAACCAGCAGUACUGGGAUGCCACCAUGGCGAACCUCAACUAUGACGCGAACAAGCUACCUCUCGGGAAGCUCAGCAAGGCGACCAUCUUGCGAGGAUUCCAGACGCUCAAGGACUUGUCGGCGCUGAUUGACGACAACUCCCUUGCGGCAGGUUACGGAAUGGGGUACGGGGAGGCGGUCGAGCAGCUGUCCAACACUUUCUACUCCCUUAUCCCUCACGCAUUCGGUCGAAAUCGCCCGCCUGUCAUCAGCGACCAGCAGAUGGUGAAGCGAGAAAUAGAGCUUCUCGAAAGCCUGAGCGACAUGAAGGACGCGGCGCUGAUCAUGAAGAUGGACAAGGCCGGGGACGACGACGUGCACCCGCUCGACAAGCAGUACCAGGGCCUCAAGAUGCAAGAGAUGACGCCUCUCGGCCGCUCCAGCAACGAGUUCGCCGAGCUGCAGAAGUACCUGCUCGACACCCGCGGGGCCACCCACGGACACCACUACGAGGUCGACCAAAUCUUCCGCAUCGAGCGCCAGGGUGAGCACGAGCGGUUCGACAGCAGCGUCUUUGGCAAGAUGUCGCAGAACCGCCGGCUGCUGUGGCAUGGGUCGCGCUGCACCAACUUUGGCGGCAUUUUGAGCCAAGGUCUCCGGAUCGCGCCGCCCGAGGCGCCCGUGUCGGGCUACAUGUUUGGCAAAGGCAUCUACCUGGCCGACAUGUCGUCCAAGUCAGCCAACUACUGCUGCUCGUACAUGUCGGGCGGCACGGCGUUGCUUCUCCUUUGCGAGGCGGAGCUGGGCAACCCGAUGCAGGAGCUGGUGAAUGCCUCGUACAAUGCGGGAGAGGACGCCAAGAAGAAGGGCAUGGUGUCGACGUGGGGUCAGGGCCGGACUGGUCCGAGCAAGUGGAAGGAUGCCAGCUGCGUCCAUCCAUCGUUGGCCGGUGUGAUGAUGCCUGACACGUCGGUGCCGCCUGGAGACACCAACAUUCCUGGAGCAGGUCUGUAUUACAACGAGUACAUUGCCUACGACGUUGCCCAGCGGGCCACAACGUGCGUCACAUGCCGGGCGCGCAAGGUCCGAUGCGACGGGCGCCGGGGCAUCUGCACCAACUGCGAGCGUCUCGGCUUCGGUUGCUCCUACGAUGAGACUGUCAGCGUCGAAGUUGUCCCGGGCGAGAGCAGCGGGGCCGCCAUCUCGGUGCCGCGCCGCCGCGUGCGACAGGCAUGCCAGAACUGCCACGCAAGAAAGGCCCGAUGCAGCGGCGCCCUGCCGGCCUGCGACCGUUGCCGCGCCCAAGGCCUCGAGUGCGUCUACCGGCCCGGCAAGCGGUCGCUGCCCCUGCCGUUCCCGAACAACCCCAACUCCGCUGCCGCUGCGGCCUCAGGCUCGGGCAUGGACACCGACGUCCAGAUGAGCCAAAACCAUGGGCCCUCCAACGACUAUGCCACCUCCAGCAGCACAGCCAGUCCUGCUACGGGGACUGCCGACCAGACGGACCCCGACGAGGCCCUCGCCCUCAAGGCCUUUGAUAGCUUCUUCCGCCACAUCCACCACAUCGCCAUGUUCUCCUUCUUGCAUCGCCCAUCACUGCUGGAACGUUACCACGCCGGGUCAUUGGACCGCGCGCUCGUGCUCGCCUUGAUCGGCAUCACGUCCCUGAUGACCGAUCUCGGCCCGGGCGUGGCAGAAUACGGCGACCGGUGCGUCGAGGAGGCCGUGCAGCUGUGUCUGGCCAACCUCGAGAAGCCCACCAUCCCGCGUCUGCAGGCGCUGGUCCUCGCCAUCAAGCAUCGGAUCCUCUCGAAGCGCUUCUCGAGCGCCUUCAUGCUCCACGCCAUCGCCAGCCGGUCCGCCACGGCUCUCCGGCUGUCCCACGAGAACCCGGAUCUUUGUUUCCUCGCACGGGAAUCCCGCCGCCGACUGAUGUGGUCCAUAUACAUGAUUGACGCCUCCAUCUCGACUGGGCAGCCCGACGUCGCGCUUUGGAACGAUGCCGAACACCAGAUUCACCUGCAACUCCCAUGCAACGAACGCAACUUUGACUUUGACCUGCCCGAUCCGACAGAAUUGCUCCGUGGGCCCGGUCCCGACUCGAGCGGGGUGGUCCCGCCGUUGCCAGACGUGCUGGGCCUCAUGGCGCUGCAUAUCCGACUCUACUGGAUGCGCACGCGCAUCUUGCAGUGCACCUCGAGAGCGGCGGGCUCGGCUUCGGCAGACGCGCUGGCCGUGCUGCCGAGCCAGUUGGCCGAGUUCGCCGCCGAGCUUGAGCUAUUCGAGGCGAGACUGCCCAUCUCGUUUCGCGAGAACGAGGCCAACUACCGCCUGCGCAGCUACUCCCCCCGGCUCGGCAUCUUCCUCACGACCCAUCUCCUUUGGAGACAGUGCCAUCUCGACAUGUACCGUCCGUUCCUCCCAGGCCUGCGCGAGGCGAUACCCCCCGCGGCCCUGCAGCAACUCGACCAAGGCUUUGUCAUGCACAAGCGGCGGAGCUGCUACGAGCAUGCCAAAGCCAUGGCCGACAUGUUCGCGCAGCUGCUGAGCCUCAGCGGCGCGUGUGGAAGCCCGCCCGUCGCGGAUCUGGACCUCCCUGGGUGCGCUUUCCAGUGCUCGAGGGUGCUGUAUCACGGCCUGCAGACGGACAACGGCGAGCUCGGCUUCACGCAGGAACGCGUGCAGGAACUCGUUGCCGUGUGCCUCCGCGCUGCGAGGCAAUCGACCCCAGGGCCUGCAUGUGCCAGUAUCCAAGCGGAUAUUGAGCGGCUCCUCUCUAACGGUCUGUCGCUGCCCGAAGUUCCAACUGCUGCGCCUGCCCGGGCCCGCAGCGUUGCGCCUGGCAUGGACACGCCGUACCUUGGGCCGCAAAUUCCCGGGCCGGACCACCACAUGCAGCUUCUCGGCCCGGUCCCGCCACGGGCAGUACCGAGUCCAGCGGACCAGACACAUGCACACGAAAGUUCCAUGCAGAUGCCGCCACCCCCGACGACAACGACGACCGUCAGUCCCAUGGCGCAAGUAACGUUGAGCCUGCCGCCGAUGACCGGGACAUCGUCGUCGAGGCCUGCCCUUGCAGGCGUUGCGCCGUCGCAGGCCAGCGCGGUGACGAGCGGCAGUAAUGCGUUUGAAGAGCUGCCGGACGGGCUCAACUUUGGGCCCAAUUUUGGGCCCGAGUUUUUCGGCAUUGAGUCUUGGUCGGCCUUGUCGCAGGGCUGGACGGACCUGGGGCAGUUCCCUGGCAGCACCAUUUCGUGA